UAAUUCUUUUAUACCAUACACUGUUUCUGUGAAAAUUAUUUGCAACCACACAUUUAGUGCAAAUAUUUUUUAUACUAAAUAAUUGUAGUUAUAUAAAAUGGCAGAUAAAAAAGUGACUCCCCCCCUCGGCGCGUACCCUCAGCCGCAGCCGCCCCAGGGACCCUUCCUGCCGGCACCGCCCCAUCAGGCAGCGCCGCAGUAUGGAGUGCACGGCGCGGUGGCGGGCGGCUCCCCCUACGGGGUGACGUUUGGAGGUGCGGGGGCGGGCGCGGGUGGCGUGUAUGCCCCGCCGCCAUACGACCAGCUGCAGCACCACCAGGCGCUCCCCGCGCUCGGACAGCAGCUGCCGAUGUAUAGUCCAGCAGCGGCGAUGUACGCCGCAGCGGCCGGAUAUCCGGGCUACAUAGGGUACCCGGUGCAAUACUAUCCGUACUACCCGACAGCGGCCGCCGUCCAGCCCUCGAUUCAACCACUACGCCCUACAAUCAUGAUACCACAGAACGGGUUCGAGGCCGGCGGCAGGUUCGAGGGUCUGGCGCAGACGCUGCUGCCGCCCGCGCCGCCCGGCGUGCCGCCCUCGCCCGCACACCUCGCCGCCCUGCAGCCCCACCAAGUGCUAUGGCGUUAAAAACCGGGGCAUUGGACGACCGACGGUAGCUAAGUGAAUCUGUAGACGUAAGCCGAAUUUGCUGUCCUUUUCUGCCGACAACGGACUCGAAAGAGACAACACUACUGUAUCUUGGCCUUAAAAUAACUGCCAUAUUCAACACACGAAACUUCUAAUCGACCUGAAACUGUUUAACUAUUUUUGUCCUGCUCUUUCAAGAUGUUUUCUUAUUUUAAGAAAGAAAGGGACAAAAUUAUUAAAUCGUUCUGUAGGGAUGUUUCAGUGAUUGUGAAUAUAGUGCUAGGCUAUAAUUGAUUUAGUUUUAGGUAAUCGCAUCUAAGUCAUUAGAGGAAUCAUUUCAACCGACUUCUAAAAGCGGGAGGUUCUCUGUUCGAUUGUAUUUUUUAACCUCACAACUUGUGUGAA